GCUCGGGAAUCAGAGUAUCACUCCGCUCCACUCCACUGCCCCCGCACCUGACCAUUCCCUUCCUCGGCGCGACCGAAAACCCAAAGUUAAACAUUCUCCCUCGCCGUCCUCCCUCCGUCCGCCAUUAACGAUUGAGUGAUCGCACAGUCGGAUAGUCUGUGAGAGAGAGACACAGCGAGCGCACUGCCACGGAGAAAUCAAUGGCGGAUCGUCCUCCAUCCGGCAAGGUUGAAUCGUUUCCCUUUCUGUAUCUCGGACCUCCUCGAUGGCUUUCGAUUCUCCAGCUUCUAGGGCUCUUGUCCCUCUCUAGCUAGAAAGCACGCCGCUUUAGUGGAUAGGAUAGAUAAUUAUCAUUCGUUGCCGUUGCUCGAAGCGGUCCGGCGAUUGAUUUGUAGCGUUAGAUUUUCUGAUUAGUUCCGGUGUUCGGAGAAUCUUCUGCGACUGCGAGUGAUCAUCCGGAACAUGCGUGAGAGAAGAUACGGAAACAGUCGGACCCGCUCCCCCUUGCAGCCACCUCUGCCACAAGGUCGUGCAUACUCCCCGCUUGCUUCGCGCCGCCACCGCGAAGCUUCGCCGCCGAGGCACCAUGUUCGCGAAGCUUCGUCGCCGAGACACCACUACCGCGAAGCUUCGCUGCCGAGACACCACUACCGCGAAGUUUCACAACUGAGAACUCGCGAUAUCGAUGAGGAACCAUCCCGUCUACACUCGCGAUAUCUUUCUGCACCAUCGAGGGUAGGGCAUGAGCUCUCUCCACCUACCGGUCGACAUCGCGGGUACACUCCGUCCCCGCCCCUGCCGCCACCACUGCCUCAGAAGUUCGAGCAUUCUCCGCCUCAUUACCACUUCGAAGCCAGAGAGCCAUUGCAUUCUCAGCCGUUCACUGAUGCACACAUUAAUUCGAGUACUCUAGGUUUGAUUACUGAUAGGUGGAAGGAGAAGAGUAUAGGCAGGGAAAGCUAUGAAAGCAGAUGCUAUGAGGCAGAUAGAUAUAUUGAUAGGUAUGGAGAGAGUAGCUUGCAAAAGAAAUCAGGGUUGAAUGAGCGAUCUAGUUAUGGGGAUUCAGCUUCCACCAAGUUCCAAUGGAAGCAAUUAUUGGAUGAAAAACAAGCCGCUGUUGAGGGAGAGCUUUCUAAAAGAACCAGCAUGAGUGACAGGGUUUAUCAAGGAAAAGGAGGGGAUGUUUCAGGAAUUGGUUUGGGCCUGAACCCUGCUUCAAUGAAAGACAAUGGCCAUGUUAGAAAUGGGAUUUUUCCCGGUUAUCUGGUUCCUAGCACAGUGGCUAGUGAUAAAUACGGGUAUGGUAAUUCGGAUACAGGGCUGGGAUUAGUUGGAGAUGGCACAUGGAAGUAUGAUAAGUUAUUUGCUGGAGAACCAUCUAGAGAAGAAGAGAAAUUAAAGUUCGAAUAUGUGGAUGUACCUAAUGCAGUAUCAAGUGGACAAAGUCAUGCUCCUAUCUACCCUUAUGUGUCAAAGGACAGGUUGCCAGGCUACCUUGAAGAAACUGGCCAUGAUGGGUAUGACCAAAGGCCUCCUGUUUGGUCUUCCUACAAGGAGUCAUUGGAUUCUAGUCUGGCCAUCAAUCGUUCGAUGGAAAAAGUAGGAUGUGAAUAUGUAUAUACUGAAGGGCGAAGAAAUGAGGACAGUGAUUUCAGAUCCCUGCCUGAUAAGCUUUACAAUGAGAACUUUGAAAGUGUUAGAGAAAAAUAUGGUCUUCAAGGUGCAUUUAAAAGUAGUCCCAUGGAACUCUUGGCUGAUAGAAUUGAGGGAUAUGAUGAUUCUGGUGGAGAAUGUUCUGGAAGAAGCAGGCUGUUGGAUGAUCAACAUUAUGUGAGCGGAGCUUCAUAUAUGGAGGGGCAAGAUGAAGAAUAUGGGGUGGGAACCACUCACAUUAUGCAUAAUAGAGAAGAAUACUUGGACUAUGAACCUUCCAACAUAGUAGAAGGUGAUGGCUUUGGGGAAGGUGAUGGGUCUUGGCAUUAUGGAGAUAAUUGUGGCAGUUUUUCUUUGUCAGGGCAUGAAGAGGGGUUGGCUGAUGCUGAGUGGAGUUCUCAGCACAGGUUGACUGAGGAAGAGUUGGGUUCUCUUGGUCCAUCUGAAAAAACUGUCAAACGAAAAUGUGGAUUUGAUAAGAGACGGCUUGGGUAUAAUUUUGAGGGUGAGCUGCCUCAGAAUGUGGAUUCCUCUGACCUUUACUAUGAAGAUCAAUGCCAGAUCAAUGGAAAUGCCAACUGCUUGUAUGGUCGUCUUAGAAACGGAAGAUUUGAAGGGACAUAUGACUCGCAUUCCAAUAAGAGACGUGCCAUUCCUAAAGAUUACUUGUUCUCUGAUGACACAUCAAAGACUAUGAAGAGAAAUUGGAGGAAGCAUGUGGCUCAGCCUGUUAGAGACAUAAAGAAGCGGCUGGGGCCACCUCCAGGAAAUAGAAAGGCUUAUCCCUGGGUCAAAGCACAUGUGAGUCAGGCGAAGCUAAAUGAUGGGAUCAGCCAUAGUAGUCAAGGAGGUGACACUUUGGAAACUGUGGCUGAUGACUUUGAUAAUGCAAAUCGGAACAUGGGUACUGCAAAGGCUGAGCCCCCUGAAGAGACUGAAGAAUUUACUCAGCUAGUAAAUGGCGCUUUUCUGAAGUUUGUCAAGCUCUUGAAUGAAAACGCAGCUCAGCGUCGGAAAUAUGCAGAUCAGGGACAAUCUGGUAUUUUAAAAUGCGGCAUUUGUGGCAGAAAUUCCAAGGAGUUUAUCGACACACUGAGUUUGGCCAUGCACGCUUUCUCCACUCGGGCCACUGGUUUCCGAGCAGAGCACUUGGGACUCCAUAAAGCACUAUGCAUUCUAAUGGGAUGGAACAGUGCCUUGGGGCCCAAUGGGACAUGGGUCAGGCAGGUCCUGCCCGAUGCUGAAGCGUCAGCUCUGAGGGAUGACCUCAUCAUAUGGCCUCCCAUAGUAAUCAUCCACAACAGCUCUAUUGCAAAUGCAGCUCCUGUUGACAGGGUGAUCCUCGGUGUCGAAGAGAUCCAGGCUAUUUUGAAAGAGAUGGGAUUGGGCGGUGAUAAAACCAAGGUGAUGCGCGGGAAACCUGCGAAUCAGAGCAUCAUGGUGGCAAGCUUCCAUGGGACCUUCUCAGGGCUGUGGGAAGCAGAGAGCCUCCACAAGCACUUCAUCGAGAAAAGGCAGGGCAGGGUCGAGUUUGAUCAAAUCAGUGGCAGGCGGAAAAGAAUCCAUGGGACGGGGAAAGCCCCAGAAGACAAGGUAAGUGUUCUCUAUGGAUACUUGGGAAUUGCAGAGGACUUGGACAAACUAGAAUUCGAGAUGAAGAAGCGGUGUGUGGUGAGGAGCAGGAGGGAGAUUCAGGAGAUUGUGGACGUUCAGCUUAAGUGCAGUUGAGGUUGAGGACGAGUGGCGUGUUUAAAGCCAGAUCGGAAACUCACCCCGGAUGCUAGGAAUGUUGAUGUAAAUCGGGAUUUUGCAUAUUUUGGUUAGUUUGCUUAGGUGGAAUCAGGCCAUGGAAACGAUGAAUUGAUUCCUUUUUGUUCUUAUAAUCUUUUGCAAUACCGCUCAACGGUUUUGGAUUAGUGAUAUCAAUCACUUGAUCAAUACCAGUUACCUUCAGUGAUUCAAAUCAAAGAGUUCGGGUUUUUGAAUUU